AUGCGAAUCAAGAGAGAAUACCAAGAGACAUUCCUGGAACGGCUUUCCAAUAUACGGAGGAAUAUUCUGACACUUCUUCGAUACGGAAGAGUCAUACCUUUUCAUUGGAACACACGCGGUUUUAAAUGCUUUUAUUGUGGUAAACAAAUGAAGGAUUGCGAUACUCUCAAAGAGCAUACAAGGGUCAAUCAUAGUAGUGUGGAUUUGGAACUCUUCAUACCCCAAAGAGUGAUAUCCAAAGAUGUACCAGUUAAGAUUGAUAUUACUGAUAUAGGUUGCAAAAUUUGCAACGUACCUCUCUCAAACGUAGAAGAUCUAAUCACUCAUAUUGUUGCAGUACACGGAGAAGAUUAUGACAAUUCCAUAGGAGGUUGCGUGUUCCCAUUCAAUCUGAACAAAAAUAUCCUACAAUGCGUUUUAUGCCCCGAAAGAUAUGAUAAUUUUACGUCAAUAUUAGGACAUAUGUACAAACAGCAUAUAUUUCAUUCAUAUAUAUGUCAAAUAUGCGGUCUUGGAUUCGUAGAUCAGGUUAGACUGAAGCGACACAUCAGCAACAGUCAUGUUGGAUACCGUUGCAGGAUAUGCGAGAAAGUGUUCGACGCGUUUCACAAAGUAGAAAAGCAUAAACAGAGAAUCCACGGAAUUCACAGGCACGUUGAGUGUAAUCUAUGCAGUGCAACCUUCCAAAACAAAUACCAGGUCAAAGUUCACAUGGGGAAAGUGCAUAAUGUGGAAAAGUACAGAAUAAAAUGCGAGCAUUGUCCAAAAAUAUGCACGACAAAAGGAGCUCUAGUUUUGCAUGUACAAUCAAUGCAUUCAGACGCGAGAUUCGAAUGCGAUCUAUGCGAUUAUAAGACGGGGAUCAAAUGGAUGAUAAAAUUGCACAAACGUAGGCAUUACGGAGAAAAGAAUUAUGUAUGUAGCAUAUGUGAUAAAAGAUUUGGAAGGUCAAGUAAUUUGAGGGCGCAUAUGAAGGUACAUACCGGUAGCACUGGGCGUGUUUGUCGUUGGUGUCGCUACGGCUUCGUGGACUUGGAAGGCCUGGAUAAACACGAAAAAGAAGUGCACUAUUACAGCCAAUACAAUUAG